AUGAUGCUCCGCCGUGUUGCCGCGAAGACGACGAUGGCGGCUGCUGCGCCUCUGCUCUCCAGCACUCGCGCCUACAACAUGUUCGUCUUCAAGGACCCCGUUCGUCGCCCACAGCUGUCGCCGGAGGAGCGCGCCAAGGUAAAGAUCAACUACGCCGAGUGGCCCGAGGAGUUCCGUGACUACGACCCGGAAGAUCCGUACAAAAACGCGCCCGAGAUCAUUGAGGGGCUCAGUAGCUGGAACCUCUUCCUGUGGGGUGUCGAGUGUGCCUUCAUCUACCAGUUCUACGAGGUGGUCUUCCCCAAAAGCAUCUAA